GUGCAGCCUUGUUCAUUGUGGCCAUUUGCUAAAUUUUCGUGCCCAGAGCGAGUCGCUGCGUGUGAAGAGCCAGUGGCAUCGAUGUUUCCACAGCGAGUCACUGAUCAGCGCGCUGCUGUUGGCAGGUUUAGUUGAGGUUAGGGUGGUCUGUCGAGGAGCUCCCGCCCCCUGCGACUUGUCCACCGGUCUGCGGGGGAGUUGAGCCUGGUUGUAAACCUCCACACGGUGCGGUUCUCAGAGUAAUGGCUGUCUACAAGAAGACGGUAAGAAAAGCGUUUCAGUGAAAUAAUACCUUCUGUUUUAAAAUGUUUGUUAAAAGAAAACGAGAGAGAGAGAGAUGCUUUGGCUUUUUGGUUUUUCCUUUUCAGCUGCAGACCAUUGCAGUCAUUUGAUCAGAGCGGAGGGCAGCCAAAGGCCUCAGUAUCUUGAGGAUCACAACACAAAAAGGCACAGUGUGACUGUUCCCUAUGAGCCGCCCCAGGUAUCACUGCCUCUCACUUCUGACCUUUCCCCUAACGUAGCAAUUAAAUGUUAUCAUUCUGUUGUGCCUCUCGUUCCGCUUUCACGGUUUGUCAUCCCUGAAAUUACCCGUGCACUAAACGACUACUAUCCUGCAUGUGUUUCAGCCGGGCUCAGAGAUCACCACAAUCCUGUUCAACUUCAUGUGCAACAGCUCCUGCAUGGGAGGCAUGAACCGCAGACCCAUCCUCACCACAUCCUGACCCUUAAGACUUCAGACGGACAACUUUUGGGCCGAAGAUGCUUCGAGGUGCGUGUCUGCGCGUGUCCCGGCAGGGAUCGUAAAACAGAGGAGGCAAAUAGUGCCAAACUUCAGACAGGGGCCAAACAAGUGAAGAAAAGAAAAAGUGCCCCAGCAACAGAUCCUGAUAUGUGCAAAAGGAAGUCUGGCUCAAGCACAGACGAGGAGGAAGUACUUAUGUUGCCAGUUAAAGGCCGUGAGCGCUAUAACAUGUUAAAAAAGAUAAAUGAUGCAUUAGAACUGGCUGAAAAAGAGGCUAAAAACAAAACCAGGGCUUCUAAGGAACUGCUGCCGUCCAGUGGAAAGCGCGUCUUGCAAAAAGCAGAACGAAGCGACAGCGACUAGUUGCAAUCUGCCUUCUUUUAACCGCCAUGUACGAGUUAUGUUCAGUGUUGCUUCCUGGCCAACAUCCCUCAGCAGGAGGCUGCACGAUCAUCGAGUUCAGAUGAACUGCGCGACCCCAGCCCCCUGUACCUCCCCGUCCCGCAUCCUCCCGGGGUCAGGCGCUACCCCAGCCCCCUGUACCUCCCCGUCAGGCGUCUUGCCGGGGUCCAUUUUUUUUGUUUUUUAUUUUUCCUUCUCCUUUCCUCCCCUUUACCUCCACCCGUGCCACAGGCCCACUGAUGAUGAACAUGAUGAUGAUGACGAACAUGAUGAUGAUGAUGAUGAUGAUGAUGAUGAUGAUGAUGAUGAUGAUGAUGAUGCAAGCAGACAGCUGCGUGCAAGGGCUGACCAUUUUAAACGAAAAAUAAAACAGACCAAACAGGCAAAAA